ACAGUGUGUGUAUUCUGCGUGUGUGCAAAACUUCUGAGAGCAAUGGAAUCAAUAUGUGAACGCUGCUUGGGUAAAUCGGCGGAUCUCCUCUUUCCAUCCUUGCCAUUUCCGAAGCAAAACCUCUCAAGACCUCUAUCUCGUGUCGAUUUCUGCUGGAAAGGCCAGCGGAGGUUUGUGGUUUCCUGCGCUUCUGAAACCCUGAGCAUCACCCAAAAAGAUUUUCCGGGGGAAAUGACCAAAGAGGUGAAGCUAUGGGGCGGGCGGUUCGAGGAAAGCGUUACAGAUGCUGUGGAGAGGUUCACAGAAUCCAUUUCAUACGACAAGCUUCUCUACAAGCAAGAUAUCAUGGGAAGUAGGGCUCAUGCUACAAUGCUUGCUCGCCAGGGUUUAAUGACCGAGAGUGAUAGAGAUAGCAUACUGAAAGGUCUUGAUCAGAUAGAGAGGAGCAUCGAAUCUGGGGAGUUCGUAUGGAGAGCGGAUAGAGAGGAUGUUCACAUGAAUAUCGAAGCAGCUCUUACCGACUUGAUUGGCGAACCCGCAAAGAAGCUUCACACUGCUAGAAGUCGAAAUGAUCAAGUUUUAACGGAUUUUCGCCUUUGGUGCCGUGAUGCCAUAGACAAGAUCCUUGUUCACAUUAAGCAGCUUCAGGUUGCACUAGUGACUUUGGCUAUAAAAAAUGAAGGCCUGAUUGUUCCUGGAUAUACACAUCUACAAAGGGCUCAACCUGUCCUAUUGCAGCAUCUUCUCUUGUCAUAUGUUGAGCAGCUUGAACGGGAUGCUGAUCGUCUAGUAGAUUGCAAGAAUCGGCUUAAUUUCUGUCCUUUAGGAGCUUGUGCAUUGGCAGGCACUGGCCUUCCUAUUGAUAGGUUUAUGACUUCUGAAGCCUUGGGAUUUACUGCACCUCUAAGGAACAGCAUCGAUGCUGUUUCAGACCGUGAUUUUGUCUUAGAGUUCCUUUCUGCAAAUUCCAUAACAGCCAUUCAUCUUUCCCGGAUUGGUGAAGAAUGGGUUUUAUGGGCAUCAGAGGAAUUUGGAUUCCUGACCCCAAGUGACUCUGUUUCAACGGGAAGCAGCAUCAUGCCUCAGAAGAAAAAUCCAGAUCCAAUGGAACUUGUACGUGGAAAAUCUGCUAGAAUUGUGGGUGAUCUUGUUAGUGUUCUCGUGCUUUGCAAGGGGCUCCCUCACGCUUACAAUCGUGAUCUACAGGAAGACAAGGAACCUCUAUUCGACAGUGUAAAAACCAUCAUUGGAAUGCUUGAAGUAACAGCAGAAUUUGCACAGAAUAUUACAUUUAACAGAGAGAGGAUACAAAAGUCUUUACCAGCUGGUCAUCUGGAUGCCACAACUCUUGCAGAUUAUCUGGUGAAGAAGGGAGUACCAUUUAGGACUUCACAUGAUAUAGUUGGAAGAUGUGUUGCAUUGUGUGUCUUGAAAAACUGCCAGCUUUUGGACCUUAGUCUCGAUGAGCUGAGAAGCAUAAAUCCAAUAUUUGAAGAGGAUGUUUAUGAAUUUCUUGGAGUUGAAAAUGCAGUUAAGAAAUUCUCCUCGUAUGGAUCUACAGGUUCAGAAUGUGUAGCUGAACAGCUUUUCUACUGGGUUACUAAACUUGGCAUCAAUAGAGACAAAUGAGUAUUCUCCAAGGAAGCUGGUUCUUGUUGUAGUUUCACCAUACCGUAAGUGCAUGAAAAGCUGCUGCUUAUAUUGGUGUAUAUGGUGGAGAUAUUUAGUUUUUAUUUUAAAUAGAUUGAGAGGAGUGGGGGAAGGAAGAAAGGGUUUUUUUUUUUUUUGGGGGGGGGGGGGUGGAGGCUGCUGCAGUUUAUUCUACAGUUAUCUGGUAGAAACAUGAAACAAUUUCAACAGCUUUGAGGAAAUUGCAAUAGCUGCCGCAUUUUGUUCUUCCAA